CACUGCCGCUGGGGACAGAAGCUUUACUCUUUGCUUUUCCAGGUGCUGAGGCCUCUGCCAGGGAGACACGACGUCACUCCUCCUGCCACCACACCGUGCCACCCCCUGCUACCCAAUGCCUGGGGACUGGCUGUCCUCAUCUUGACAGGUGGCAGCGGGUGACACGGGGUGGUGUGGGUUCCCCGGCGAGUGCCGCCACAUCCCAUGGCGGUCCUCUUGGCUGCUUGGCUGUGGCUGAUGCACCUGGCCACUUGCCUGGCUGCUGGGCAUGGCAUGGCUGGCAAAAAGGAGAUCAGCAUGGAUGGGGACCUGGUGAUUGGGGGCCUCUUCCCAGUCCAUGAGAAAGGAGUGGGGAGCGAAGACUGUGGCAAGAUCAAUGAGCACCGAGGCAUCCAGCGCCUGGAAGCCAUGCUCUUUGCCCUGGAUGAGAUCAACAAGGACAGGAGCAUCCUGCCAGGGGUGAAGCUGGGCGCCCACAUCCUCGACACCUGCUCCAAGGACACCUACGCCCUCGAGCAGUCCCUUGACUUUGUCCGCGCCUCCCUCACCAAGGUGGACGGCUCCGAGCACAUCUGCCCCGACGGCUCCUAUGCUGUCCACGACGAUGUGCCCAUGGCCAUCACUGGCGUCAUUGGGGGCUCCUACAGCGACGUUUCCAUCCAGGUGGCCAACUUGCUGCGGCUCUUCCAGAUCCCCCAGAUCAGCUAUGCCUCCACCAGCGCCAAGCUCAGUGACAAGUCCCGCUACGACUACUUUGCCCGUACUGUCCCACCAGACUUCUACCAGGCCAAAGCCAUGGCAGAGAUCCUUCGUUUUUUCAACUGGACCUAUGUCUCCACCGUGGCCUCGGAGGGUGACUAUGGAGAGACAGGGAUCGAAGCCUUUGAGCAAGAAGCCCGCAUGCGCAACAUCUGCAUCGCCACCUCGGAGAAGGUCGGGCGCUCCAUGAACAAGAAGACCUACGACGGCGUGGUCCGGGCUCUGCUGCAGAAGCCCAAUGCCAGAGUGGUUGUGCUGUUCACCCGCAGCGAAGAUGCCCGGGAGCUGCUGACAGCUGCGCAGAGAGCAAACGUGUCCUUCAUGUGGGUGGCUAGUGACGGGUGGGGAGCCCUUGAAAGCGUGGUGGCUGGGAGCGAAGCAGUGGCAGAGGGAGCCAUCACCAUUGAGCUGGCAGCCUACCCCAUCAAGGAGUUUGCUGCCUACUUCCUUAACCUCCACCCCUACAAUAACAGCCGAAAUCCCUGGUUUCGGGAGUUUUGGGAGCAGAAGUUCAAGUGCAGCUUCCACACACAGGACUGUAGCUGGUACUCCCUCAAGACAGGCAAGUUUGAGCCAGAGUCCAAGAUAACGUUUGUGGUCAAUGCAGUCUAUGCCAUGGCUCACUCCCUCCACAACAUGCACCGGGUGCUGUGCCCCAAUGCCACCAAGCUCUGCGAUGCCAUGAAGCCUGUCAAUGGCAAGAGGUUAUACAAGGACUUUAUACUCAAUGUUAAUUUUGAUGCUCCAUUCAGGCCAGCAGACACCAAGAGCGUUGUCCGGUUUGACCCGUACGGCGAUGGCAUUGGGCGCUACAACAUCUUCAACUAUCACCACGUGGACGGGCGGUAUCGGUAUCAGAAGGUGGGCUACUGGGCUGAGGGGCUCACCCUCAACACCAGCCUCAUCCCAUGGGCCGAGGCCUCCAUCCCCGUGUCCCAGUGCAGCGACCCCUGCAAGAAGAAUGAGAUAAAGAGCAUGCAGCCUGGAGACAUAUGCUGCUGGAUCUGCAUCCCCUGCCAGCCCUACGAGUACUUGCUGGAUGAGUUCACCUGCAUGGACUGUGGUCUCGGUUACUGGCCCAACGAGACCCUGAAUGGCUGCUAUGAGUUGCCUCAAGAGUACAUCCGCUGGAAAGAUGUCUGGGCCAUCGGUCCUGUCACUAUCUCUUGCCUGGGUUUUAUCUCUACCCUCUUUGUUUUUGGAGUCUUUGUGAAGAAUAAUGACACCCCCAUCGUGAAGGCCUCUGGCCGGGAGCUCUGCUACAUUCUCCUGACUGGAGUCCUCAUGUGCUACAGCAUGACCUUCAUCUUCAUUGCCAAGCCCUCCACCGGCGUGUGCACGCUUCGGCGCCUGGGGCUGGGCACCUCCUUUGCUGUCUGCUAUUCAGCCCUCUUGACCAAGACGAAUCGCAUCGCCAGGAUCUUCAGCGGGGUGAAGGAAGGGGUCCAGCGCCCCCGGUUCAUAAGCCCCACAUCGCAGGUGGUCAUCUGCAUGGCCCUCAUCUCGUGCCAGCUGAUCAUCGUCAUCAUCUGGCUGCUAGUGGAGAUCCCUGGCACAGGCAAGGAGACCGAGCCAGACAAGAGGUACAUUGUCACUCUCAAGUGCAACAAUCGUGACUCCAACAUGCUCAUUUCGCUCACCUACAAUGUCCUUUUGAUUGUCCUCUGCACGGUCUAUGCCUUCAAGACACGAAAAUGCCCUGAAAACUUCAAUGAGGCCAAGUUCAUUGGGUUUACCAUGUACACAACCUGCAUCAUCUGGCUGGCCUUCCUGCCCAUCUUCUAUGUGACCUCCAGUGACUACCGAGUCCAGACAACCACCAUGUGCAUCUCAGUGAGCCUCAGCGGCACCGUGGUCCUUGGCUGUCUCUUCACCCCUAAGCUCCACAUCAUACUUUUCCAGCCACAGAAGAAUGUGGCCAGCCACCGCGUGGGCACCGCUCGGUUCAGCGUAGCAGCUGCCAGCUCCAGCCAAUCCCAUGGCUCGGCCUCACAGUUUGUGCCCACGGUGUGCAAUGGCCGCGAGGUGGUGGACUCGACGACGUCAUCUUUGUGAAGCACAGGGUGGCCAGGCCGUGGUGCUGCUGCUCCUGCCCCGCGCCCCUCCCCGAGGAGAGCAGCGCCUGCACCAUGGCCUGCUCAGGUGCCGGAGGCGGCCAGGAAGCUCAGCCCCUGCCCCAGCACAAGCUACGCAUCCCAUGUGUUGGGUCACAGCAUGAGUCACCCAUCCCUUGCACUGAGCCACGUUACACGUUCCCUGUGAUAUACAUCCCCUGCCUCUUACCUGCACUGAGCCAUGGUGUAUGUCCCUUGCACUGAGCUGUGGUGUACUUUGCACAUUCCCAGCACUGAGCUGUAGUGCGUGUCCCCAUUCCCUGCACCACUCUGUGGUGCAAGCCCCUCCACCUUGUCUCUUGCACCGAGCCUUGGUACAGGUCCUGGUCCCUUCUCCUCUGCACCAAGUCGUGGUGCACAUCUUCACGACCCUUGCAGAGAGCUGUGGUGCACAACUUGACCCCCCUCUCACCAAGCCACGCUGCAGCUCAUCCUUUGCUUGCACCAGCCACAGCACAACUCCUGCUCCACACCAAGCCCUGUGCUGGCACGUCACCCUCACCCCUGCUGCACUGCCCCUCCCUUCCCCAGUGCGGGGCCUUUCUUGUCACCCCUUUGUGCCACGCCAUGCCCGGCCUCACCCUUCUCCCUGUGCUUUGCAGAGUUUCACUUUUCCCCUUCCCGUUUUUGGCCCCAGGAAAGCUGUCAAGUGCUGCUGGGCUGGCCCCAUGUCCCCUCCCUCCCCCUUUGCUGUGCAUAGUGCUUCUCACCCCUUUGGAGGAGAAGAGGCAGGGGCAGACACCAAAGCCCCCUGCGCCCUGGGCUCCUGCAGAGCCAAGUGGUCCGGUGGGGCUGAGGGCAGGUAUUUGAGCCCAACCAAGUUUUUAAGAGUAGAUUCAUUUCUGUGAACAAGAGUGUGAUUUUUUUUUUCCUUUUGUAAUUUAUGUAAAUAAAGUGGUUUGGUUUUGUUU